UUAUCCGGAUCGGAUGUUUACAUAUUUUCCUGGAUUGUUGAAUAUCAUAUAACAUUAGUUUGUGGUGUUUCUGCACUCGUGUGACAUAUCGAGGGAUUACUUGGGCACACAACCACAGAAAACACUGAAAAACGGCUCAUUUUGCAGAGAAUAACCUAAGAAAACAACACCAGAACCGAGACACAGAGAAGUGCAAAAUCUUUCUUCGCUGUUGUCAUGAUUGAGGUUUCAUCCCCUAUGACGCUGAUCAGAAUGGUACAGAUUGCGAAGAACUUGGUCCUUCUCUGCAUGCUGAUUGGUUGCUCACAGGCUUUUCCAUCCCAUCAUGUCUUUACUGAAGAUGCAGCACUGAAAGUAGCUGAAGAUGCAGGCAGUACAGACAGAGAAAGAAGAGAUACUAUAUCCCAUGUUAUUGAUUUUACUCCACCAUUGUGCUGUGUGGUAAACGAGAGUUUGCAGUGUCCUUUAACAUGUGGAAAUGCAACAUGGGAAGUGACAUACAUCCUGACAGAUGGCAAUGGUUCAGGCAUUGAUUACCCCUCUUUUACUACCACUGGCUCAGGUGAACUCAAUAUUACCCUUGAUAUAACUCUAGAUGAAAAUGGUUACAAUGCAACCCUUGUGACUUAUACUGGCACCUGCUGCUUAACUGAGGUGACGAUUACUGUGCUGGACAAAGCGGGGAACAAGGGGAAGUGUCCCUUUAACAUACAACAUCCCUCCACCACAAUCAAGCCAAUGACUGUCAAACCCACGUCCAGUAGCCCCACUACAACCCUCUCUCUUUGGUCAAGUUUAAUACUAGUAGCACUUAAAUCGAUGCUGCUCUAAGAUAGACAUGCACUUUACAUACAGUCACUUUAACCUGUACACUUUCAAUUCAAAUAAUACACUUGAUGAUUUUUAUAAACUACCCCCACACAUGAAAGUCAAAUUACACACACUUAAUUUACAUUUAUUACAAGACGAAAGAACUUGGUGACAAUAUUAAGUGAAUGGUAUGGUAUAUAAAAAUGUGACUACUGAUUAUUUUAUUUCAUCCAUUGUAUGUUAUUUCAUUUGAUUUACUUCAUAUAAAUACUGCAAAUGUUAAUGUACUUGUUAUUGUUUCUAUGUAUUUUUAUUGAGUCUAACCUUUUAUGUUAUUUUAUAACAUGUCAAAUAUCUUCAAAACGCUCAGAGAGUUUUACUAUUUCAUUGUUCAUUAAAGUAAGUCCUUGUUUUCUGUCCUUUUAAUCACCUUUGUGGAAAAUUCACAAUUUACAACAUUCCACAUUCCAAUUCUAGUCAGAAUUCAGUUUGGCCACGUACACACUAAUAAUAAUAAUACAUUUUAUUUAUAGGCGCCUUUCACGACACUCAAGGUCACCUUACAAACAGAAAACAAAAAAGUAGGGCUGUCGAUUUAACGUGUUAAAUCAGUGCGAUUAAUUUUACAAAAAAUAACACAUAAAAAAAAAUGUACGCAAAUAAUCGCACUUCCCCCAGACCAUAAUAAGGAAGAUUCCUGAGAAAUGCAAGCUUGUAGUACCACCUGUUUACUCCAGAGGGCAGUAAGUGAAAUUUCAGCUGUAUGAGCAACACACAGUUUAUACAGUGAGAAAACACUCCAGUAGGCAGAACAACACAAACAUGCGUUACGUUCUUGCGUUCAAAACACUCGAAGGAGCGCAAAUGCGAACUAAGGGAUCUAAAGAUGUGUUUAAAGAUUGAGUAUUAAACUAUAUUUAACUUGACAUGGUGACCUAAACUUUUUAUGUUUAUGAUGCAACGCGCCCGAGACGCUACACAAGCAUGUCUGACGCAGAGUGUGGCUGGAUUGAGAUGGUGCAAAAUUUGGAAGUUACCCAUAAAUAUUUAAAUCACGAAUAAAAUCAAAGAAAUUUCCUUCAAACUUAUUUGUAAUUACUACCUCACAAAUUAUUUUCUUGUAGAGAGAUUUAAAUGUGAUGUUGAUAUAUUCUGUACAUUUUGUGGUCUGUAGGAGGAAACAUUUUUUCAUUUAUUUUGGAGUUGUCCCUACUCGACUUGUUUUUGGUCUGAUUACUGCAAGAUUGUUAGAGAUCAUAUUAUUCCCAGCUUUCAACUUUGUUUUGAAAAAGUUUUUUUUUAUUUUUUUUAUAGCUAUGACCUGUCUCUUCAUAAGGAAUAUUAUUUGAUUAAUGUUCUGCUUUUGUUGGCAAAGUUUAGUAUUCAUAAAUGUAAGUAUGGUGGUUAUAAACCAUUAGUUUUCAUUUUUAAUUCAGAGGUUCAGCAACACCAAAGAACAAAAAAAACAGAAAAGCUGUAAAGUGUAUUGAAAUAUGUAAACAAUUUGAUAUUUUUAUUAAACUGUUUAUUUAUUCAUUUUCCUUUUUGUUGUUGUUUGUUUUAAUAUACCUAUUGGCUCUAGAUGUAAAUGUUUUGUAAGCAUUAAUAAAAACAAUUUAAAACAAUGUCUCACGCAGGUGUAGAUUGACGGGCUCUUAAACAAGCCCUCAUAAUAAAUCUCAAACUGACAAAUUCACUUGUGAAAUGGAUUGCUGUGAACUGUAUGCCAAUGAUUGACUUAUGAUCAGUAAUAUGGUUGUAAACAAUACAUUGUAUUCUUAAGCCGCUUUUUGUAUUGUCUUAUCAAUGAUUAA